UUUAGCAAACAUUUGGUAUUAGGAAAAAUCAACUUGUGAUAAAACAAAAUUCAUUUAAAAAUAAUCACAUAGACCAUUAUGAAUUCCACACGGCGAGCUCGUGCCAAAAUUGUGACCAAGAAAAAGAUUACUGGCCGUAAAGUGCCCAGAACAGAUCCGCAGCAGCAGUUUUACUUAAAAAACAGAUUCAAUGCAACUCGUCCUCGUCCAAAACAAUCAACCGUGCCUCCUAGCCAGCGAAUCUGGCGCAGGACAGUGGUCCAGACCAAGCCGAAAAUAAAAACAAAGAUCCCCAGGCUAUUUCGCAUGGAUCGGAAUACAGGACUUCCGGUGGAUUACGAGAGGACGGUCAACCAGGUGAUGCAGUACGUGAAUCCCAAUUUGCGCAAUCCACCCAGCGCGGAAAAGGUUUUGGAGGAAUUGCUGACGAAAAUGCUUACUGAGGUCGUACGACAGGGUGGUCGGUGUUGUCGAGAACACUCUCAAUUGAGAUCCUUGCUGAAGAACAGGUGCCACUGCCACAGGUCGAGCCAGUUCCUAAGCAAGGCAGAGAAGGCCAGGUUCGAGGCGAACGAGAGUCUGAGCCAAUUUCAUAGUGCUUGCAAACGGGGACCCUGUCGAAUCCCCAGUACCAAACUUGGUCCCACGUACAUGAGUAAGUUCAACUUUAACCAGCUGAAAAUCAAGAGCUCAUAAAAAAAAGGUGGAAACCACCAUGUCAAACUGUUUAAUACUAUAAGAAGGUCAAUUGAUUCAGUUGUAAAUUUGGAAUAAAUAUUUUUGACUUUUUUAUGG